AUGUCUUUCACUAAUUGUUACUACAAACGUACGGCAGGGACACCCAAAGCCUGCUAUGCCUGUUAUAAGCCAACAACCACUGUGCUGGCCACGAUAAACACCGUGGAUUUUCUGUACACAUGUCCGAUCCACUUAACUGACUCUGGAUUCGCGACGUUAAUAUCCGAUGGAGAGGAAAAACAUACUAUAUCUGCAGAUGAAAUUGCAAAGGUAAAGGCCGAGUGGGAGGAGAAGCAGAAGAAGAAACUUGAAAAGGAGAAAGAGAAGGAAAAAGAAAAGGACAAUAAAGAUAAAUCGGAGGCAGACAAGAAAGACAAGGAGACAAAGAAAGAGCCAUCCAAGUCCCCACCGAUGCCUGGAUCUCUGAGCGCGACACCGUCCCCAUCUACACCGAAAGGUACACACGAGCGAUAUGCACUUCACCGCGAUUUCUUUGCCAUGCGUCAAGCUGAACACCGAAAGCGACGACAAGCGACGCAGGCGAAAGAGUUGGCGCCACGGCUUCCUGGGGCACCCAAGGGAGAUAUUUGA